GAAAUCCGCCGAGGAUUGUGUGCGUGCAACAGGAGGUAGGGACUAAAGCCGUGGCCUCUGGAACAAAUGGUGAGGCGAGUCAGCCAGCACAGGUCGGAGGCGGGGCCGAGCAACACCCACAAUUAAAGAUGAACUUUGCGUGAACUAAUUUAUCGGAGGGAGGAGAAGGUAAUGGGCUGCCCACGGGCUUGCCAGCCUAUAAAAACUGCGGCUUGGCACACCGGAGUCCCAGACACAGACUGAGCUCCACCUGAAGUCUUCACCGGGCCCACGAGACGCUGCAACAUGGUCGUGAAUGCACUGUUGACCACGUUCUUGUGCACCGUAGCGCUUCCCAUUCUGCUAUUCCUGUUGGCCGUGAAGCUGUGGGAGAUUUACACGCUCCGAUGCAGAGACCCGACUUGCCCUUUCCCGCUGCCCCCCGGGUCCAUGGGCUUGCCUUUCAUUGGAGAGACGCUGCAACUCCUCCUCCAGAGGAAAACAUUUCUUCGGAUGAAGCGGGAGAAGUACGGUUACAUCUACCGCACACACCUGUUCGGGAACCGCACGGUGCGCGUGACUGGCGCGGAUAACGUCAAGCAGAUCCUCCUGGGGGAGCACAGGCUGGUGUCCGCGCAGUGGCCCGCUUCUGUUCGCGCGAUCCUGGGCACGGAGACGCUCUCCAACAUGCACGGAGCUCAGCACAAGACUAAAAAAAAAGCUAUCCUGCGCGCCUUUUCCAGGGAGGCUUUAGAGCUCUAUAUCCCCGUUAUCCAGGAGGAAGUUCAGGCUGCAGUGCAGGAAUGGCUGGCAAGUGACUCCUGCGUGUUGGUCUACCCAGAGAUGAAGCGGCUGAUGUUCCGCAUUGCCAUGAGGGUCCUGCUGGGCUUUGAGCCGGAGCAGAUUCAAACCAAUGAGCACGAGCUGGUGGAGGCUUUCGAGGAAAUGAUCAAGAACCUGUUCUCUUUGCCCAUUGAUGUACCUUUCAGUGGACUGUACAGGGGUCUGAAAGCAAGGAACUUCAUCCACUCUAAGAUUGAGGAGAACAUCAAGAAGAAGGUGCAGGAGUCAGACCAGGAGUGGAAACCCAGAGACGCCCUGCAGCAGCUCAUAGACAGCAGCAACAAGAACAAAGAGCCCAUCAGCAUGCAGGCCAUCAAGCAGUCUGCCACAGAGCUGUUGUUUGGGGGGCAUGAAACCACAGCCAGCACAGCCACCUCUCUGGUCAUGUUCCUGGGUCUAAACCCCAAAGUAGUGCAUAAACUGAGACAGGAGCUCGAGGACAAGGCGGCGCAGGGCAUGGACCUACAGAGCCUGAACAUCGAGUCCUUGGAGCAGCUGAAAUACACAGGCUGUGUCAUCAAAGAGACGCUGAGGAUCAACCCUCCUGUGCCUGGAGGCUUCAGAGUGGCCCUCAAGACCUUUGAGCUCAAUGGUUACCAGAUUCCCAAAGGCUGGAACGUCGUCUACAGUAUCUGCGACACUCAUGAUGUGGCAGAGAUCUUCCCCGACAAAGAAGACUUCCAGCCAGAGCGCUUCAUGUCCGAUCCGUGUGCGGACUCCUCCAGGUUUCAGUACAUCCCCUUUGGUGGUGGCUCCAGGAUGUGCAUUGGGAAGGAAUUUGCCAAGGUUCUGCUGAAGGUGUUCCUGGUGGAGGUGGUAACAAAGUGUCACUGGACUCUUUUAAAUGGGCCUCCAACCAUGAAAACAGGACCUACUGUCUAUCCCGAAGACAAUCUGCCAACCAAGUUCACCAGCUAUGUACAAAAUUAAACCGAAUAAACAUCUCAGAUUUAUUUUUAUUUUCCCCAAAAGUCAUAAAAGAUUUGUUUGCAGACUCACUCACAUGAACAGGAGGAUGUUCCUUUUAGCUUGGUGUCAGUGUUUAAGCAUUAACUGUACAUAGUGUAGAUUACACAAGAGCAAAUUUUAUAUUCUACUAUUUAUACUUUGGAUUUGUGUUUAUUCUUUUUCUUGAGCUGAGCAAAACGAAUGAGAGGCACUCUGGACCUGUGAGCUGUGUCUACAGGACUGUACAUAUUUAAUGUGUCUGUUAAUAUAAAUAUGCCUUUCUCUUGGCCCUCAGCUGAUGUUUGGGUUUUAUUUAAUAAAACAAAUUUGCA